AGACCCGGGGACACUGAGAUGGAUGGACAAGUGUCUGUGCUCGGGUUUGGCACAUUCUGGGAGGAAUAAAAACAGUUUUACAACCUGAAGAUGGAAUAAAAGUGAAGGUCCCAGGCGAGCGAACACUUUGAUGGCAUCUGAGACAGAACUGAUCAUCCUCAGGAACAGAUAUGGAGCUCAAAGUGCUGCUGUGCAUCGCAACAAGUCUUGUCCUCCCCGAGCUGUGCGGGGGCACUGCAACCACCAGGAAAAUGCAAGUGAAAAACAACUCAGGCGUGACACCAGCUGGACAGUGUGGGACUUGGGUAAAAGAAUCCAGUGGGGGGUAUUUCACGUCCCCCAACUACCCUGAGAAAUACCCGCCGGAGAGGGAAUGCAUCUACAUCAUAGAAGCCUCACCUCGACAGUGCAUCGACUUGUUUUUUGAUGAAAAAUACGCCAUCGAGCCGUCCUGGGAGUGUAGGUUUGACCAUAUUGAAAUCCGUGAUGGACCCUUUGCCUUCUCGCCUAUCAUUGGUCGCUACUGUGGGCAGGAAAGCCCCACCUUUAUCCGCUCCAGUGGGAGGUACCUGUACAUCAAGUUUGUGGCUGAUGGUGAACUUGAUGCCAUUGGCUUCUCUGCACGGUAUAACUUCACACAAGAUCCUGAAUUUGAAAUACUUGGAGCACUGCCAACUCUGCCAGUUUGUGACUUUGAGCUGAGCGGUCCAGAAGGUUUUGUGGACUCAAUACAGAUCAGCAGGGAGGGCCGGGCUCUACAGACUGAAGCUGUGGACUGCAGGUGGUACAUCAGGGCUCCGCCCAGCGCUAAGAUCUACAUGCGUUUUCUGGAGUAUGAAAUGCACAACUCAAAUGAGUGCAAGCGUAACUUUGUUGGCAUCUAUGACGGGAGCAGCUCAGUGGAGCACCUGAAGAAUAAGUUUUGUUCCACGGUGGCGAACGACGUCAUGCUGGCCACCUCUCUGGGUGUGGUGAGGCUGUGGGCCGACGAGGGGAGCAGGAAGAGUAGAUUCAAGAUCCUCUUUACAACUUUCCAUAAUCCCCCGUGUGGGGGUGACACUUUCUUUUGUCACAGCAACAUGUGCAUCAACCACACUCUUGUCUGCAAUGGUAUCCAGAACUGCGUCUACCCAUGGGAUGAGAAUCGCUGCAAAGAGAAGAGAAAACCCAGCAUCCUGGAUACACUGGACAACACUAACCUGACAAUCAUUGGAAUAACUUGUGGUCUGGUUGUCAUUCUGCUCAUCAUAUCUGUCAUCAUCCAGAUCAAACAGCCUCGUAAAAAAUACGUAAUUCGCAGAGAUGAUUUUGACUCCACGCUGCUCCACCCUGGUUUUGAUCCUCCACACUACGAGCUCUGUACACUGCGCCGCGCUCCUUCUGGCGACCUGACUGACGCUGCCCUGGCGGAGGACUUUGACAAGUUCCACAAACUCAGACGCUCUGAAAGCAAAUGUAUCCGCGACCACCACUGUGGCUCUCAGCAGGGAAGCAUCCAUGGUAGUAUUCAAGGCAGCCGCAGCAACCUAAGCUUGAGGGACGCCACCAUUGCACCUGACGGCGGAACCAUAGCUCCACCUCUGUCGCCGAUAAUGGUGAAGCAGAUGUCGCCCCAUCUCUCUCAGCACAACACACCGGCAGGUCGACGGAGCAUCCUGGUGAUGAAGCACAGCUACUCACAGGAUGGGGCAGAGGGGUACAGGGCCGAGGAUGAGGAGGAUGAUCUGAUGAUGGACGUUGGCUCCACCACCAGCCAUCGUCACAUGCAUCACCAUCAGAUCCACCAUGGAAUGCACGGGUUGGAUCAUACUGUCCACCGUACACUGUCUAAUGACUUAUGAUUUACUGCAUGUCAACACAGAAACCAAAAAGUCUCUCAGAACCAAACUGCAUUAAACAUGUAU